AUGUGGUUACUGAUAGGCAUCUUGACGCUCGGCGUCCUGUAUAUGUGGCGGAUCAACUGCGCCAUGAAGGCAGUACCAGACGAAGCACGACAACUAUCACCCAAUCGCUGGACCGUCGAGGAAAUCAAAGCAGCAUACAAGAAGAACCUGGAAACCCCUAUCGAUAUGACCAAACACCUGCCACCAAAACAGUCUCGUCGAUAUGUGAUUGUGGGCGGAACAGGCCUCGUUGGAGCAUGGAUUACCAACCAUCUCCUAGCCCGCGGCGAAGACCCUAAAACCGUACGUGUGCUAGACCUAGCCCGCCCAGCCCAAGAGCUCCUCGACCAUGGUGUAGGCUACACAAAGGUCAACAUCACCGACGAGCUCGCAGUGGAAACGGCGUUUGAAGAACCAUGGCCAGCCACAGCUGCCAAUCUCCCUCUGACAGUUUACCACACUGCAGCCGUGAUUCGGCCUUCAGAUCGCUUGCAAAGCAUGCUCUCACUAUGCAGCAAAGUCAAUAUCGACGGCACACGCAACGUCCUAAGCGCAGCAAAGAAAGCAGGUGCCUCGUGCUUCAUCUGGACGUCCUCUGGGUCAAUCGGCAUCCAUCGACCAAAGUUCUGGAUUAUGCCAUGGGCCACCGAACCCAAACGCGUGGUCCAAGUUCUCAACGACGAGGCCAAGCUACCACAGACACACGAAGAAUUCUUCGGAAAUUACGCCGUAUCCAAAGCCGAAGCAGAGCAUAUCGUUCGAACAGCCGAUGACCCAGAGAACAACUUCCGCACUGGAUGUAUCCGCCCAGUAAAUGGCAUCUACGGGACAGGCAGCGAGAACAACAUGGCCAUCACAGACAUCUACCUCCGCAACGGUGGCAGUCCAACCUGGGCCUCCCCCGUCCUCCAAAGCUUCGUCCACGCCGAAAACGUCUCUCUAGCCCAUCUCCUCUACGAACAACGCCUAAUCGAACAAAGCAACCCAUCAAACCCAAAUCCCAAAACAAGCGGCCAAGCAUACGUAGUGACAGACCCGAAUCCAGCAAUCGCCUUCGGGGAUCUGUACAAGCUGUUGUCAACCCUAUCCAAAACCCCCGUCUCAUUCCCAGCCCUGCAACCCGCGCCAUUCCUCCUACUCUCCUACAUCGUCGAGGCAUAUGCAUUCCUGCGCUACAAUUACCUGCACUCGCUGAUACCCGCGAUCCCUAAGGAUCUGGAGCAGAUCCAGCCGGCGCUUUUUGGGAUUUUGAAUAUUCAUGUUUUUGGGGAUGAUCGGAGGGCUAGGCUGAGUCCUGAAGCUGGAGGGUUGGGGUAUGUGCCUGUUAUUUCGACGCUUGAUGGGAUGUGUCGUCGGCUUGUUGAUUGGAAUAUGUUGGCGGAGAGUGAGGGGGUACGUGUUAAGGGGGUUGUGCAGCGGUUGGGGAUCGAGGUUGAGAGGGAGGGGGUUGAUGUUAAUGUUGUUGCGCCGAUGAAAGUUUAG